GAAGGCGUCCCUUGUAGGUCGUCGUGACACAGCGACACCAAUGACGUCAGCAAGACCAAGAGGGCCAGUUCCCCUGUUGAUGUUCUUCUUGCAGUUGAGCGCCACGACAGCUUGGCUGUCCCCGAACGCGUUUCAUCAUGAGAGGUUAAAGGAGUUUCGAUGGGGGACGGGCGUUAGCAAUAGCAGGGCCAGCCCCAGCAGCGCGGUUUCAUCCCGAUCCACGACGCGACGGCUCUUCGGCGGCCGAGGUGGCACCGGCACGAUGGCCUUGGAGCCGGACAACCCGACUUUCGUGCUGACGGUGCUGGGGGAUCUGCACUUGGAUCCCGCUGAUAUGAGAGCGCAUGAGGAGGCGCGCGAUCAGAUCGUCCACCAAAUGGAGGCGGAGGCAUUCCUGAUGGAGACGGAAAACAUGCACGUGGUAUCCUUGGGCGAUCUCGGGGCGUACGGGUCUGCAGGCACGACGGAGUGCUUCAGGGUCGCGAGGGAAUACCUCGACGGCUUCCACGCGCCCGUGGACAUCGUCUCGGGAAACCACGACCUCGAGGGGUUGGGAGAGUUCGCCACGGACCGAGAAAACCUCGCCGCGUUCCAGGCGGCCUUCGACAAGGAGAGCCCACAGUUCUCCGCUGUUAUCGCAGAGAAAACCCUGUGCCUUGGGCUAAGCACGGUGCGCUUCAGGGAUGCGGAGGGCUCCAGCCACGAGGUAUUCAUCGACGAAGCUCAGAUGCGGUGGUUCGAGCAGCAGCUGGCGGCACACUCGGCGGAGGACGGAUGGAAGGUCAUGGUAUUCUCACACGCCCCACCCAUGGGAUCAGGGUUGCGGGUGGUGCAGGGGGUGCACAUCAAGAACCAGUGCGCCUGGUUAAACCACAGUGUGGGAGACAGGGAGCGGCGAUACUUCCUGAGGAUGUGUCGCAAGUACGGCCACAUUAAGGCCUGGUUUUCGGGCCAUUUCCACCUCAGCCACGACUACGAAGACUCGAUCAGCGUCGUGGACGGGUGUGCUUUCGUACAGGUCGGCGUCAUCGGGGAGAAGAGCACCCGGGACGGGCGGCGACAAACGAGGCUGGUCAGGGGCACCGCAGAAUGUCUCCAGGUGUACACCGUGAGCCAUCACGUGAAGGGAGCGGCCGACGCGCGGCUGGAUGUCACCCUCAACUACGAUGACCCGACCCACCCCGUGAUAGCGCACGGUCACGAGGAUUACGACCACUCGUCCUGGUUCUCUGCCUACCUCCCGGAGGAGGAGGACGGCUGCUACCUGGACCACACGCAGCUGGCGUCGGACGCGGGGGGGACUGCGAUAGCAUCGCAUUCCGAGGACGUCCGGUGCUGGUGGCACAUGCGGGACGGAAGGGUUCUGGGCGUCCACGACGGCAUGGUGGUGGAGUACGACCAAGAACUCCUCGCUCCGAUCGGGGUGGUGAGGGACCGCGAGCAGCUGAAGGGCAGAGAGGUGGUCGUGAUCGAGGGGGGCGACGCGGUCAUGCUCGUGCCGAGAGAGGGGGGAGCCGGCGACGCCAGCAGUAGCAGCAGCAGCAGCAGCAGCAGCAGCGGUGACGUGGAGGUGAUUCACCCAAACGCGAAGGGCGGUUACUCGACAGUCUUCCAGCGCAACAAGGCGGUGCGCACGAAGGAGAUGGAGCGGGAGGAGAUGGCGCAGCAGUGGAUGCGAAAGAACCGUUCUUAGGAUCAACCCCGGGGCUUCCUUUUUCUGCGAUGAUUCGGGGUUGGGGGCUAUUUUUUUUUUUUUUUGGUCUCCGCAGCUGGGUGUCGCGUGCCUGCCAAAGAGAUUGGACGGCGAAGAAUAAGGUGACGCCUUGCAACUGGAUGGCGCAAAGAAUCUGGGCCUUUCCAGGAUGGUUCUCUUGUCUCUCUGUCUCUCCCUUUCCAGGCUUGCAUUGGUCGUCGUGGAAGACCUACAGUAGUCUAACGGGGUUGUUUUGUAUUUAUUUUGCGCGCGUGUUUUUUGGCUCCUCCCUCGUUCGUAGUGUGGUGCCCAGUGGCAACGUGGUCGUAAGCGCCUAUUUUGUACUGAAGUGUACGUAUUUGAGAGUACAGUGCCAAGUCGGAGCGCCGUGCGCAACAUGAGUGCUGCAGUACACCCUACUUUGCAUAUGACAUAAACAUCUGCAAACCAAAUUUCCGCUCCGGGUUGCACACGGUUUUGUCGUUUUUGUUCUUCUCCUGCGCGUGUCUGUGUGUGAGAAGAAUAGUUAUCUUGAUGAAGACGUGGAGGGGGCGCGUGGCCGAAAAGAGAAGUUGGCAGCUUGUUUUAGGGGUGUAGGCGUUCUUGAGAUUCGGCCUGUAUGUAGCUUGAGCGUGAGUGACUGUGAUGCAACACGUCGGUACGUAUAUUUGUCUAGUGUGCUCCGAUCUGAGUAAAAACGGGUGGGGUGAUACAGCAUACAGAUGGCGCCCGCACGUAACCCUUAUGUGACUACACCCACGAAUGAGCUCCGUUCCCAGCUCCGAUGACUCUUUAAGAACCUCUAGUUUCGG